ACACGAUAUUAUGCCGGUAACUGCCCAGCCCCUAGAAGAGUCUGCUGGACUGCUGGAGCAGCCGCUCGCAAUGGGGAUGGCUAUCGUACGACCUGAUAACUUUGGCCUUGUUGUCCCGGGAGUUUACCGGAGCAGCUAUCCUAAAGCCCAAGAUUUUGCUUUCCUCCAGAACCUGAAGUUGAAGACCAUCAUUACACUAGUCCAGAAGGAGUUACCUGACGGUUAUCAAGUCUUCCUCGACGGGAAUGGAAUCCGGCAUGUCGUAUUUGCCAUGACGGGCACAAAGAAGGCAGACGUACCGCUAGCUAUGAUGCGAUCUAUCAUAGGGUUGGUUGCUGACCAGACAAACCACCCACUGCUCAUACAUUGCAACCAAGGCAAGCACAGAACUGGUUGCGUCGUGGGUAUCCUUCGGAUGUAUCAUGGUUGGGACAGGGCAUCGGCUCUCAACGAAUAUGAGCGAUACGCGUAUCCCAAAGUGCGACCAACAGACGUUCAGUACCUCCGUGAAUUCCAACUCGCCAACCUCAGGCACAUUGUAGCACGAAGAGAAGGUCUCGAGCAGUCAAGCCUGUCGAUGGGUCGUUUCAUCUGCUUCUAUGUGGUUGCUGUUUUGGGUCUUCUCGUCUGGUUCUUGUCGACUUGUGGGAUUAUGUCCUUUCCGGUCUUUGACCCACCUCGGCGCCCAAGGGUGAGCGAAAUCUGAACCAGAGGAGGAAGGAAAAUGAGAGGUGACGUGGUAAUGGGGACAAGUGGCCGAGCGUGCACUGAGAUUUCAUUUGUUCUACUCCAGGGGCCGGAGUUUUGGCCAUGGCAUUGAGACUGAUCAAGUGCUGAAAAGUCUCCCAGGCGUUUUAGGAGCAACAUACUCUGCAUACCCUUUCAUGGCAGGAAAGACUUUGGAAUUGGAGGGCAGCAGAAACAAAAGCUUUGAUUUUAGUUAGAUUAGAGAGCAACA